AUGUUUUAUCUAUAUUCUAUAGAUACGUCAACUAAAUUCUACUAUUUUAUUUCUUUGUUACCAUUUAUCUGGUUUUCUACAACGUUGAACAAAGUUGUCUAUUCAUAUUCGGUAUAUUCUCCUUCUUCUAAAUUAAAACAACAAUCAUUAAAUCAUAUAGAGAAUGAUUACACACCAACAUGUAAACAUCAUGCCAUAGCUAUUGAUCAAGCACAUUAUGGAGAAUAUGGACGAAAAAAACGAUUUUUUCUAUUUCCAGAAAUAAAGCAAUGGAAAAACGAUUGGCGUUAUAUUUAUAAUCCAUCUGAAAUUCGUUUUUGGAUAUCAAAUUUUUAUCCAAAUAAAAUUUCAACUAAUAUUUUAAAAACAUAUAUUCGCAAGAUAGUUUAUCAUAUUAAUGAAGUUCUUGAUGAUGAUCAACAAAUACGUAUAAAAGAAGCAACAAAUGCCGGUGAUGCCAAUUUUAAUAUUGCCUUUUUUAAAUAUCAUAUUUGUCCAAAAAAUGAUCCUGAAGCACAAUGGAAUAAUGUCACCAUGAAAUGGCCAAUAGAUAUCUAUACCGAAGAGGUGGCAUUCGAAAAUCAAUAUCGUGCUCAUGGUGGUAUUAGACUGGGAGAGAAUGGUUCAAAUUCAACAAAAAAUAAUAUUGCGAUAACAAAAUUCAAUGCUAAACAUACAUUUAUUUAUACUGAAGAUUAUUUAUCGGAUCCCAUAUUAAAUCAUUGUGAUGCAAAUGAAAAUUGUAAACUCGAUUUGUACUGGGCACUGUUACAUGAAAGUUUGCACGGAUUUGGAAUUGAGCAUACGGCAAAUCAUGAUUCACCACAACUACCAAACUUAGAUAUGAAAGCCGUAAUGCACGUAACAAUAUUUCGUGUUAUGUGUCAUGAUGAUAUCCGUGCUAUAAGAAAAGUUUACGGAUACACUGUGAUUCGAGAACAUGCUAAAUAUGAUGAUACAUGUCGUCGAGAUUUUCCAUUAUCAAAACGUGAAAUGUUAAUGCAAAAAAUUAAAAAAUCUCUGUUCUUGUUUAUACUCAUAUCGAUCAUGAUUAGUUUUCUAGUAUUCAUAUUAACAAUAAUUUAUAUUUUAUGUAGAAAUACGUCAUGUUGCGAAUUCAAAACAAGCAAAGGCAAUCAAAAAACGAAAAGUGAACAAUCUUCACUAAGAUAUGUUGAAAAUGCACAUCAAUCAGCACCAGAACAAGGGGCUAGAGCAUUCUUAUGGCAUGAUGAAUUAUUUUAA